AUGGAGUUUGUCACAGGUAAUGAUCAAUGCAGGACCGAAGUUAGUAUACAAGGAAUGGCUCUCAAGCGUUCUGUCUUCAAAAGAUGGUCACUGGCGGCUCCUCACCGCUGCGAUGUCAAAUGUGGACUAGAGAUUUCGUGCCAAAGCUAUAACUACAAUCCAAAAUACCAAAUAUGUGAACUUAAUAACCGCACCAAGGAGGCGAAACCAGAGAAUUUCCUUUCAGCACCCGCUUGGUUUUACAUUCGGCGAUUGAACGGCAGAGGUAAGAAAUCAAAUGUCUCUCUAUCUAUGUGAUUUCUUUUUCUUUUAAAUCUUAUCCAUCCUCAGCCUGGUUCCUUCGCACGUAGAAGAACUAAGAAUAGGAGCCGAGCGUAAAACAUAUCUUUACUGCAGCUCCCCUAGGUUCUAUCCCUGAAUCAACGGCGCUGUCUUGUCACGAAAUAAAGGCGAGUGAAGGUAAACACACCAUUAGCGGCAAGUACUGGCUGGAUCCAACUGGGAAAGGAAAGGCAAAACUGAUUUACUGUGAUAUGGUUAACGAAGGUAGGUCCUAUAACUUCGCUUGAGAUAUUUUACUAUGUAACGAGUUAUCAGUUUCAUGAAAUUAUCAUUAAUUAUACCAUUAUUAAUAUCAUUAUCGUAAUAUUUGGUUUAGAUCAGUUCUAGUGUGGAUGCCUCUCUCAAGUUGCUCCAACUUACUCACUACUUCUCUUUCAACAUUUUAGAUAUGGAUGAAUGUAAAUUUAACAUCAGUGACUGCGACGCGAAUGCAAACUGUACUAACACAUAUGGUUCUUACAAAUGCACAUGUAAAGUGGGAUACAUCGGCGAUGGACGCUCAUGUUCAGGUAAUUUUGAAGAUGACCUUAUUGAUAUUUCCCACUAAAACUAACAUUUUUUAAUCGUCUCAUAGUUUUAAACAGCGUUAGCCAUGCAUGUUUAUGCACAGAGUUACCAUGAUCUACACUCUGGCUUGUUUCAGAGCCGCCAGCUUCCUAAUUAAAAUAUUUGUGCUGAAAUAUAAUUUCGCAAUAUCUAAUUCAUGUAGCACAAGAAGGGAAACAUUUGUUUCAUAAUUUGUAAUGAUUAAAGGAAUUAGACGACUGUGAGUCAUAAAAAUGAUAAAGUGCAAAAUCUAUUUAUGGUUUCUCAGAUAUUGACGAGUGUAAAGGAAAUCACUCUUGUCACGUGAAUGCUACCUGCACGAACACCAAAGGAUCGUAUGUUUGUAGUUGUCACCCCGGAUAUACUGGUAAUGGACGGGACUGCACAGGUACUUAA